AGAUGAACCGUCUCCCGCAACUUACACGGCUUGCCACACGAGGACGUCUCGAUAAGGUAGUCUUAAAAGUGUGGGAAAUUUGCUCAACACCCCAAGGUGUGAAAACGUUCAUCAGCCUCCUAAUUCUCGCUACGUAGUGGUGACGUCAAGAGUCAUAUAACGAGCAAGAUCGAAGCAAAGCAAACAAAGCUAUCUAAGAUUCGUGCGCGUCGUCAGCCGUUAUCUCGCGAAACAGAAAAGGUCGGGUGCGUCUUCGAGGGACAUAAAACCAUCUGGACGCGAGCUCAAGGAACUCAGAAGUGCAAACAAGACGGACCUGAGGAGACAUGAGAACGGCAGCCGGUGUCGCGCUGUCCAUAUGGAUUGUCGUUGCGUACGCGCAGAAUCCAAAGAGCUGCGGCCGUCCGCGCAUCCAGCCUGUCUUGGAGGAUGAAGACCGCGUGCUCGGCGGCACCGAGGCAGUUCCGGGCAGCUGGCCGUGGCACGCGGGCAUCUACACGAACCAACUCUACCCGGCCCACAUCUGCUCGGGCGUUCUCAUAUCGGAGCGCCACGUCCUGACCGCCGUGCACUGCCUCACGAGGAAAACAGCGAAGAUGAUUCGAGUUCACCUGGGAGCCCACCUGUUGAAUCGAGACGACACGGGCGAGGUGUCAUACGAGGUGAAAGAAAUCUGCCACCACCGUAACUACACACCUCCCCACACGAACGAUCUCAUCAUUAUCACCUUGAAAGAAGAAGUGAAUUUCACGGACACCAUAUCACCGGUGUGUUUGCCUAAAAGUAUGGAAGAAGCCGCUCCGAACUCAUCCGCCUUUGUCACUGGAUGGGGAAGGUUCGAAGCCAACUCAGACACACUGUCGCCGCACCUGAAGCAAGCCCGCACAAAAACGAUGUCACAUGAGACCUGCAACGGCGAGGAGUAUGACGCUAGGGUGCCGCAGAGCAUCCUUUGUGCAGACCACGACUCCGGAUCAUCCUGCAAGGGUGAUAGCGGAGGACCCCUGGUGUUAAAAUCUGGAGACACUUGGUUCCUUCAUGGAGUCGUCUCCGGGGGGCCGAUGGAAUGUGGAAACAGGGAGGAUCCGCUGCUCUUUACCAAGGUUUCCCAUUUCCUGGACGACUUCAUUACGGCAUAUAUAAAGGCCAUAAACCCGGAAGAGAAACAUCGGCUGUGCAAGAUCAUGUAGUUUCCGCAUUACAUGUAAAUAAAAAUUUGAGAGCAAAGUCUAUAAUGCA